AUGCCUCGGGAUCAAAAUGCUCACCUCCAAACCUUUAAAAAUCUCAAGAAGGCCCAAAGUGAGAAGCAGAUUCUCAAAGGUGCGCAGGCCACCAUCACAGAGGAAGAAGAACCCAUCUCCUCUUGUCUUCCUGUUGGGGAUGCUCUCCCGAAUACCCAGAGCUCCCCUGCUGCUGGGUCCAGGAGAGCUCCCCAGGAGCCUGAGAGAGCCCCAUCCACCACCGCUGCCUCUUCAGGCAUUUCUGUUACAAGAUCUAAUAAAGUUGCCGACAGCCAAAACGCAGAAGAUCCAAGCAUCUCCCAGGCUCCAACCUCCGCUAAGAAGAGCUCACGCCGAGACCCUCUAACCAAGAAGGCAGGUUUGUUGGAGCAGUUCCUGCUGCACAAGUUUAAAAUGGAAGAGCCCAUUACAAAGGCAAACAUGCUGAAGAUUGUCAAACAAAAGUAUGAGGAUCAGUUCCCUGAAAUCCUCAAGAGAGCAUCUGAGCGCCUCGAGGUUGUGUUUGCUGUUGAUGUGAAGGAAGUCGACCCCAUCACUCAGUCCUACACCCUCGUCAGCAAAAUGAAUCUUCCCAAUGACGGAAGGGUGCAUAGUGGCAAGGGGUUGCCGAAGACCGGUCUACUGAUGACUGUCCUGGGUGUGAUCUUGCUGAAGGGCAACCGGGCCACCGAGGAGGAGAUCUGGAAAUUCCUGAAUUCCAUGCGUGUAUUUGCUGGAAAGAAGCACUUCAUCUAUGGAGAGCCCAAGAAGCUCCUCACCAAAGAUCUGGUGAAGCUGAAGUACCUGGAGUACCGGCAGGUGCCCAACAGUUAUCCUCCAUGCUACGAGUUCCUGUGGGGUCCCAGAGCCCACGCUGAAACCUCCAAGAUGAAAAUCCUGGAGUUUUUGGCCAAGAUCAAUGGUACAGAUCCCACUGCCUUCGCAUCCCGGUAUGAAGAAGCUUUGAAAGAUGAGGAAGAGAGAGCCGAAACCACAGAUACAGCCGGGGCUGGCAGUAGUGCCACAGCCAGUGCACAAUCCGGGGCCACAUGCAGCUACUGGUGA